AAAAAAAACAAAAAAGAAAAGACCACCUGCGAGAAUCAGAAAGAUAGAGAGAAAAUCUAGAGAGAGAGAGAGAGAGAGAAACAACACCGGUCUUGUAACUUUCGUUAGAUUGUGCUGUGUUCCAUUUUUUUGGUAAUUUUUUGUGGAAUUUAUUUAUUUUUUUGGUGAGGAUUUAGAAAAUUAGGGUUUGGGCUGUGUUGUGCUGUCUUGUGUUGUGAGUGGAAUCAGCAACCAUGAAUAUGAUGCGUCGCCUCAAGAGCAUUGCUUCUGGGAGGACUUCGAUUUCUUCAGAUCCUGGAGGGGAUUCUAAUUCGAAAAGAGCGAAGCUUGAUCAAGAAACUGAGAAGGCGUUUUCAGGGAGGGGAACAAAUACUUUAAGUAGAAGUGUUCGGGAGCAGCGGGUGGAUGCUUCGAAAGAAGCUACCGUUGGGAGUUCUAAUGUAGCUGCAGUAACUAAAACUGAGAAGUUAGGUUUUGAUGAGCUUCCGAAAGAAUUGCAUGAGAUGAAAAUUAGAGACGAGAAAAGUACAAACAACAAUGAGAAGAUUUUUUGUAUGCAGGAAAUAGAAGCAACUACAGUGAGUGGCAAUGGAACAGAAACAGGUCAAAUUAUUACGACUACUAUCAGUGGUCGAGAUGGACAACCAAAGCAGACAAUCUCUUACAUGGCCGAACGCGUGGUUGGGACCGGCUCUUUCGGCGUUGUUUUUCAGGCUAAGUGCCUUGAAACCGGUGGAGCGGUUGCCAUAAAAAAAGUGUUGCAAGACAAGAGAUAUAAGAACAGGGAACUCCAAGUUAUGCGGAUGGUUGAUCACCCUAAUGUUGUUAAGUUGAAGCACUGUUUCUAUUCAACAACCGAGAAAGAUGAGCUAUACCUUAACCUUGUUUUGGAGUAUGUACCUGAAACUGUUUACAAAGUUUCAAAGAACUAUAGCCGGUCGCACCAACAUAUGCCUAUCAUUUACGUGCAGCUGUAUACAUACCAGAUUUUACGAGGAUUAAAUUAUUUACAUGAAGUGAUUGGCGUUUGUCAUCGAGACAUCAAACCACAGAAUCUAUUGGUCAAUCAACAGACACAUCAGUUGAAGAUAUGUGAUUUUGGGAGUGCAAAGAUGUUGGUGCCUGGUGAACCCAACAUUUCGUACAUAUGCUCAAGAUAUUAUAGAGCUCCCGAACUUAUAUUUGGAGCUACUGAAUACACAACUGCUAUUGAUAUGUGGUCUGCUGGUUGUGUUUUGGCUGAGCUCCUUCUAGGACAGGCAUUGUUUCCUGGAGAGAGUGGAGUUGAUCAGCUGGUGGAGAUCAUUAAGGUCUUGGGAACACCAACCAGAGAAGAAAUAAGGUGCAUGAAUCCAAACUACAAUGAAUUUAAGUUCCCGCAGAUUAAAGCGCACCCGUGGCACAAGCUUUUUCACAAGAGAAUGCCAUCUGAAGCAGUGGAUUUAGUGUCAAGGUUGCUUCAGUAUUCUCCACAUCUACGUUGCACCGCCUUGGCGGCAUGUGCACACCCAUUCUUCGAUGAUCUGCGAGACCCAAAAGCCAGCCUGCCAAAUGGACAACCACUACCUCCUUUGUUCAACUUCACACCUCAAGAACUGGUAAAUGUGCCCGACGAUUUGCGUCAACGUCUCAUUCCUGAGCAUGCAAGGAGUUAAAUUUAUUCAUGCAGUCAUUAUAAACCUGUAACAUCUAUAAGGGUAUCGCAAAUGGAUUUUGAAUGACUAGAAUACCCUCGUAUGUAGAGUCGUAAUCCUUCGAUAUUUCUUGCCCCUCAAGGUCUUUUGUCUAGUCUUCACAAUUGUGUCUAUAAACUUAACAGAAAGUUUGAACAACUUGUGACUUCUCUAUGAUGCACAAUGUGAAGACAAUGAUGACAUGGAUAAAGUGACACUAUCAGUUGUUGUAGCUUGUAAGUGUUUGGAUUGUAAACCAUUUUGUAGUAUUAGCUUAUGAUUUUGUUGUAUGCUUAGGUUAUGAGAGAUAGUGAGUUUCUAACAAUCAUGUAAUUACUUUUUCAUACAAUUCAAGUUCGUUUAUUCCUUAAUUUGGACUAAAA